GUUUCCUUCUCACUGUGUGCAGCCGCGCCGAUCAAACGUUCAGCGCGAUCGUUUUUGUUUUUGAAAUCCACGAUCUUUCAUUUAAAUAUUUUACUUUGAAACAUUCUAAACAACAGUGUACGUGUUUAUGGGAUCCAAAAUGAAGACUCGUCUCCGUGAGCUUUACUGCGGCCUUGCUUUUGUCUGUCUGGCUAUCCGCCCUGUCAAUGGAGACGUGAGCUACUCUAUUCCGGAGGAGAUGAAAAAAGGGUCUCCCAUCGGAAACGUCGCAAAGGAUCUGGGACUAGAUUCUGCCAAAUUGGCCGCUCGGAGGGCGCGGAUGGAUCCGGAGGACAACGGGGUUCAGUGCUGUGGAAUUAACCUCAAGACGGGAGAGAUCAUUGUUACAGAAAGGAUCGACAGGGAGGCGCUUUGCGCAAAGAGGCCGUCGUGUGUCAUCAAGCAAGAACUUGUGCUAGAAAAUCCUUUGGAACUGCGACGCAUUAAUAUAAUUAUUCAAGAUAUUAACGAUAAUUCGCCACAAUUUAAAGAGGAAUCUCAAAGAUUCGAAAUUAGAGAAUCCGCGCACAAAGGAGAGCGUUUUCUUUUAGGAGAAGCACAUGAUGGCGACAUCGGUGAGAAUACUGUUAAGACCUAUUCACUUCAGGAGAAUGAUCAUUUCAAAUUAGAAAUAAAUACAAAAGCAGGAGGACGGAAAUACUGCGAGCUAAUCUUGGACAAAGAAUUAGACAGGGAGGAAAAAAAAGACAUCUCUCUGUUGCUCACUGCGUUUGAUGGAGGAUCUCCUCAGAGAUCAGGUACUGUAGUCAUACACGUCACUGUGCUGG